AUGAGUCUCUCCAAUCAACUUCCGCGCUGCGCAACUCCGCUAUUUUACCAGUUAGCGGAGAAUUCUGACCAAUUUGAAAGUAUUAACGACAUGGUCAUAAUUUUGCAGCAACAGUUUGUUCGGCUUUUUAAGACCCCUGAUACACCGAUGGGGGCGCAAAAGUCUACGGCUUCUUCUAUAGCUUCCAAGGAAGAGGAGAAGCUCCUUGCAGUUCGCGCCGUCCACGCGUUGCACACAGUGGGUGCAGUGCGUCACGGUGAUUUCUUUCGGAGUGAGUUGUACCACACCAACGCAGCCUUUUUUAUCCAGGAGAUGCUUGGGUGUCUUGUCGGGGAUAGGCGGAAUUGGUACCGUCAGCUACAAGUUGAGAGCCUCCGUGGGUGUUUGGCGGUAGUGCAGGCCGUAGGUUACGGUAACACCAGGCUGUGUUUACCGGGUAUAGUUUCUGCAUGUACAAAAUACCUUGUCCGCGCACACCAUGGUACGGAUGCUGCAGACGUGCGCGUCGCUGCGGUUAACCUUAUGCGCGUAGCACUCACGGUUUCGCUCGUACAACAACAGGACAAUGAAGGAUGGCUUAGGGAGACGGUUGAUCACCUAGGGCGUGGCAUGGGUCGGUUGCUUGCACCAGAAGAACUGGUUGGAACAGAGAUCGGUCUUCCUGUUAUGAAGGCGAUGCUGCGUCUUGUCGUGGAUCUUCUUGCGCUUCAGUCGCUGAAUACACUUGUGUCGACUCAGCUGGUGAGAGAGCUCCUGGUGGGUUACUUUGUGCUGGAAAACCUUGUUCAUCUUGAGGGUGAAAACACGCGUGACGAGAUGAAUUGUGUCCCUUCUUCUCUCUUGGAAAACGAGGAGGUUGUAAGCAUGCUUCAUGGGAGGCUGAAGGCUCUGCAGAAGGUAGAGUUGCUGCACUACUCCUCGUCACUGUUGCGCUGUGAGGGCACACGCACUAUCGUCUUUAGUGAAGAAACCCAGUUCCAAUGCGUGAUGGGCCAGUGCAUCCGUGUUGCCGGGACCCAGAUGGGCAUGGAAGAGUUUUGUGGAGUACGAGGGAGUGCAAGUCGUAUUUGCAGUAUCGUAGAUGGGUUUAUCGAGUGUUUGGCGUACAACGUGCAUCUAGUAGCGCUGGGGCCACUGAGACUAGCCACCUUUAUAGAUGAGUGUGAGGCGACGCUUUCCGACUGGGACCUGUAUGCGCUCCAUCCACCUACCAUUUACGUUCUGACUCGACUCAUCGUUUGGCAGUUCAAGACUCCUAUGUGGGUUGUGGGAGCCUCUGCUGAUGGUGCUGUGGAUGGUACGGCGAAGAGGGAUCUUCCAGUGGAGGAUUUGAUUCUCUCCGGGACAUUUGAGCACCUGUGGAGUGUUGUCGCUAAACCACACUUGUGGAACAUUACAGAAGAUGAGGAUCUAUGCACUUACAAGCAACUGCAGCACCGUCGCAUAGUCGCUGCGACCAUCCUUAGAUUUUUGGAGAUCACUGCACAAACGUUGCGCGGUAUCCCGAGCGGUCGAAGUGCAAAACGGAGGCGUGCGUUGCGGCGACUGAACGUACUUAUGCUGUAUCUUGUGCUUGAGAAAGCGGUUAUUGCAGGUAUCGUACACGAUGUCGCGAUGCGGGUUAUUGAUGCAUUCAGUGAGGCAUCCAGUCAGUCCGACACCCUUUUAUUUUUCCUGGAAAGCAGUGACUUCAUCGCCGAUGAGGCUGCGCGGGCCGUUACGGAGGAGGAGCUCCGCAUCUCAGCAGCCAAUGUGCUUCACGGUGGUGUCAAUUUCAUUCGGUCAAGGCUUUUUGCCGUGUCUCGUAGGGAUGUAAUUGCUUCGAAUACUAAAGAGUCACGACGGUGGGUUCAGGUGAUUAAAGGUUCCGACGUUGCCAUUACUGCUUCGGAAAGCAUCGUGUCGAAGGUAGCUGACUUUGUUACUUCCUCCAUAAAGGUUGCAAGUGACGGGUGCCGCCGAGCCACACUUCAGGAGGAUGCCGCCGGCGCACGAGCAGCCGUUAUUCUACUCACAAGUUGCUUCGAGCUGAGCGCGUUACUAAACCGCUCGGUUCCGCAGUUGGGCUUUGAUGAGGAUCGAGACACCGUGACUACUGCAGCGCAUCCUCGGGUUCAAAUACUACAGCUUGCAGUGCUUGAAGCAGUGCAGAUGUUACUAGCUUACUGUGCGCGAAACGACGGGGUAUCGCCUUAUGUCGUACGAGCCGUGGGAUGCGGUCUUACUGUGUUUCUAACCACACCUAAGGCCGCUGCAUGGGAGCAUGAGGAUGAUACCGGUGACGAAGGUCGACUGCCGUGUGUAUUUCCGUGGGAAGUUGAUGUCCCACCUGUUUUGUCGCGUCAUCACUUGCGUACGGUGUACAGGGCGUACCUCGUGUUUUUGGCCAUCCUCGCCGAGCCUGUUGCUACCAUAACAGCACCAAACGCAGCAAAGCAGCGCUCCGCGGCGGAGCGUAGGGUCCUUGAGGGCGUUAGACCGAAACCUGGUGUCUUGGCGGCGUUGGAUGGCCUUGAGACACUUUUCACAUUGUCGACAGAGUUCCUCUCCCAACGUAUGGUGGAAGAGGUUCUUCCUGCGGUUCUCACCUGGUACGAACGUGGAGCACUAUCUAGGAUUCCCACCGGGACAGAAGAAAAGCUGAAGCUAGCUGUGAAGAAGUUUGUUGAGUCUGUGUGUGAUAUUGAGCCCUCUAUAACUCAAAAUUUACAUGAGGCAUGUGCACAGCUGCUUCCCCACACGCUUUUCUCCACACUCCUGGAAUAA